AGGCGGGGUGGGCCGGGGACGCGAGGCGGAGCGGGGCCCCCGCACAGGCCGCAGCGGCUGGCUCGGCCCUACGGUCCCGGCGGCGGCUGCAGGAGGAAGCCCGGUGGCUGCGGAGGAGGGGAGGCGGAGAGGCCGAGGCCGCUCGCGAAGACGCUCCCCGGCUCCGCAGGGAAAGGCUCCUAGAAGGUGAGUACGGACGGUAUGCAAAGUUGUGAAUCCAGUGGUGACAGUGCGGAUGACCCUCUCAGUCGUGGCCUACGGAGAAGGGGACAGCCUCGUGUGGUGGUGAUCGGCGCCGGCUUGGCUGGUCUGGCUGCAGCUAGAGCACUUCUGGAGCAGGGCUUCACGGAUGUCACUGUGCUUGAGGCUUCCAGCCAUAUUGGGGGCCGUGUGCAGAGCGUGAGACUUGGACACGCCACCUUUGAGCUGGGAGCCACCUGGAUCCAUGGAUCCCAGGGGAACCCUAUCUAUCAACUAGCAGAAGCCAAUGGCCUUUUGGAAGAGACCACAGAUGGGGAACGCAGUGUGGGCCGCAUCAGCCUCUACUCCAAGAAUGGCGUGGCCUGCUACCUUACCAACCGUGGCCGCCGCAUCCCCAAGGACGUGGUUGAGGAAUUCAGCGAUUUAUACAACGAGGUCUAUAACUUGACCCAGGAGUUCUUCAGGCAUGGUAAACCAGUCAAUGCUGAGAGUCAGAACAGCGUCGGGGUGUUCACCCGGGAGAAGGUGCGGAAUCGAAUCAGGGAUGACCCUGACGACACAGAGGCCACCAAGCGCCUGAAGCUCGCCAUGAUCCAGCAGUACCUGAAGGUGGAGAGCUGUGAGAGCAGCUCUCACAGCAUAGACGAGGUGUCCCUGAGCGCCUUUGGAGAAUGGACGGAGAUCCCUGGCGCCCAUCACAUCAUCCCCUCGGGCUUCAUGCGAGUUGUGGAGCUGCUGGCUGAGGGCAUUCCUUCACAUGUCAUCCAGCUGGGGAAACCUGUCCGUUGUAUCCACUGGGACCAGGCCUCGGCUCGCCCCCGGGGUCCUGAGAUUGAACCCCGUGGUGAGGGUGACCACAAUCACAACACUGGGGAGGGUGGCCAGAGUGGAGAGAAUCCCCAGCAGGGGAGGUGGGACGAGGAUGAGCAGUGGCCUGUAGUCGUGGAGUGCGAGGAUUGUGAGGUGAUCCCAGCGGACCACGUGAUUGUGACCGUUUCACUAGGCGUGCUCAAGAGGCAAUACACCAGUUUCUUUAGGCCAUGCCUGCCCACGGAGAAGGUGGCCGCAAUCCACCGCCUGGGCAUCGGUACCACUGACAAGAUCUUCCUUGAAUUCGAGGAGCCCUUUUGGGGCCCCGAGUGCAACAGCCUGCAGUUUGUGUGGGAGGAUGAGGCAGAGAGCUGUACCCUCACCUAUCCACCUGAGCUCUGGUACCGCAAGAUCUGUGGCUUUGAUGUCCUUUACCCACCAGAGCGUUAUGGCCACGUGCUGAGUGGCUGGAUCUGUGGGGAGGAGGCUCUCGUCAUGGAGAGGUGCGAUGACGAGGCUGUAGCUGAGAUCUGCACAGAGAUGCUUCGACAGUUCACAGGGAACCCCAAUAUACCAAAACCUAGGCGAAUCCUGCGCUCAGCCUGGGGCAGCAACCCAUACUUCCGGGGUUCCUAUUCAUACACACAGGUGGGCUCAAGUGGGGCAGAUGUGGAGAAGCUGGCCAAGCCCCUGCCCUACACAGAGAGCUCCAAGACAGCGCAUGGAAGCUCCACAAAGCAGCAGCCUGGUCACCUUUUAUCAUCCAAGUGCCCAGAACAAUCCCUGGACCCUAGUAGGGGCUCCAUAAAGCCCAUGCAGGUGCUGUUCUCCGGGGAGGCCACACACCGCAAGUACUACUCCACCACCCACGGUGCUCUGCUCUCUGGCCAGCGUGAGGCCGCUCGUCUCAUCGAGAUGUACCGAGACCUCUUCCAGCAGGGGCCCUGAAAGGUGUCCUCACUGCCAAAUGUGUUCCUUAAAGAACCACUGACUCGUGACUGCUGGUCCUCGUCCCUUGCCCCUGUGCUCUUAAUUUCCUAAUUUUCUGUAGAAUGGAAUUUACCUUCUGUAGUGGACACUGGGCUGAUGUCAGACCUGGCCUAUAGCUUUUCUUUUUCUCCAGGCUGGGUAACCACAGGUGGGAUUCUGCUUCCUGCUUUCCUCCCACUCUCUAUGUUAUUGCAAGUGCCUUCAAUACUUUGCAUUUUGGGAUAAUAAAAGAAGUGACCCUUCCCAUGCUCCUUUGCUUC